GAGGAGGCAAUGGCCGUGGGAGUCUGGGGCUUGCGGCUCUGGCGGGCCGCCCCCGGCGGCGGGGCUGGCUGGAGAUUUAUAGCAACAUCACCUGCUUCUCAGCUGUCACCGACCGAACUGACAGAAAUGCAGAAUGAUCUCUUUAACAAAGAGAAAAACAGGCAGCUAUCAUUAACUCCCCGAACUGAGAAGAUUGAAGUUAAGCACGUUGGGAAAGCUGACCCUGGCACUGUCUUUGUCAUGAAUAAAAACAUUUCAACUCCUUAUAGCUGUGCCAUGCAUUUAAGUGAGUGGUACUGCAGGAAGUCCAUUCUGGCUCUUGUGGACGGACAGCCUUGGGACAUGUAUAAGCCUUUGACCAAGUCAUGUGAAAUUAAAUUUCUUACUUUCAAAGAUGAUGAUCCGGGAGAAGUCAAUAAGGCUUAUUGGCGUUCUUGUGCCAUGAUGAUGGGCUGCGUGAUAGAGAGGGCAUUCAAAGAUGAAUAUGCGGUCAGUUUGGUCAGAGCUCCAGAAGUUCCAGUAAUCACUGGAGCCUUCUGCUAUGAUGUAGUUUUGGAUAAGAGACUUGAUGAGUGGAUGCCAACAAAAGAGAACCUAUGUUCCUUCACAAAAGAAGUUCGUACUUUAAUUUAUAAAGAUCUUCCAUUUGAAACUCUGGAAGUUGAAGCAAAAGUGGCGUUAGAAAUAUUUCAACACAAUAAGUACAAAUUAGAUUUCAUAGAAGAGAAGGCAUCUCAGAACCCUGAGAGAAUAGUCAAGCUACACAGAUUUGGUGACUUCAUUGAUGUGAGUGAGGGCCCUCUUAUUCCAAGAACAAGUAUUUGUUUCCAGUACGAAGUGUCAGCGGUUCAUAAUCUUCAAGCCACCCAGUCGAGUCUUGUACGAAGAUUCCAGGGUCUCUCUUUACCUGUGCACUUAAGAGCACAUUUUACGAUAUGGAAUAAACUAUUGGAAAGGUCUCGGAAAAUGGUACCUGAAGAUCAAACUCAGCCUACAGAGGAAAGUGCAUCUGCCUAGUAACUUCCUCAAAUUUAGAUAUGUAUAGUAAA